GCCACCCCUCGCUCCGCCAAACUUUCCUUGGGCUCCGGGCGCGUCGCAGCUGCAGCUCGAAAGGAGGCGCGCCCCGGCCGCCCGCCCGCCGUGCCCUCCGCUGCUUCUCGCGCCCGGCUGCAGCCCGACACUUGGUCGCCCCGUCGCGCACGGCCCGAGGGCAUGCGGCAGCCGCAGGGGAUCCCGCUCCCGGGCUCGGCGGCGCGGGCGAGCGUGAGCGGCCCUCAGUGUAUCACACGAUGCCCAUCCACACUGGUGAGGGUGGUCUUCUUUACUCAGUUUACUGAUUCAGAUGCUAAUCUCUUCCAGAAACAUCAUCACAGACCUACCCAGGAUGUUCAGUUCUUCUCCACAAUGAAUGAGUGUCAUUAUGAUAAGCAGAUGGACUUUUUUUAUAAUAGGAGCAACACUGAUACUGCCGAUGACUGGACAGGAGCGACGCUUGUGAUUGUUUUGUGUGUUGGAACAUUUUUCUGCCUGUUUAUAUUUUUUUCUAAUUCUCUGGUCAUCGCAGCAGUGAUCAAAAACAGAAAGUUUCAUUUCCCCUUCUACUACCUGUUGGCUAACCUGGCAGCUGCAGAUUUCUUUGCUGGAAUCGCCUAUGUAUACCUGAUGUUUAACACUGGCCCUGUUUCAAAAACUUUGACUGUCAACCGCUGGUUUCUCCGCCAGGGGCUUCUGGACACUAGUUUGACUGCCUCCCUGACCAAUUUGCUGGUUAUUGCUGUGGAGAGGCACAUGUCAAUCAUGAAGAUGCGGGUCCACAGCAACCUGACCAAAAAGAGGGUGAUACUCCUCAUUUUGUUCGUCUGGGCCAUUGCGAUCUUUAUGGGGGCAGUCCCCACGCUGGGCUGGAAUUGCCUCUGUGACAUCUCUGCCUGCUCUUCCUUGGCCCCCAUUUACAGCAGGAGUUACCUCAUUUUCUGGACUGUAUCCAACCUCGUGGCCUUCUUCAUCAUGGUUGUGGUGUACCUGCGGAUCUACAUGUACGUCAAGAGGAAAACCAACGUCUUGUCUCCACAUACAAGUGGGUCCAUCAGCCGCCGAAAGACGCCCAUGAAGCUAAUGAAGACGGUGAUGACUGUCUUAGGGGCCUUCGUCGUGUGCUGGACCCCGGGCCUGGUGGUUCUGCUGCUCGACGGCCUGAAUUGCACGCAGUGUAGCCUGCAGCACGUGAAAAGGUGGUUCCUGCUUCUGGCACUGCUCAACUCCCUCAUGAACCCUGUCAUCUACUCUUACAAGGAUGAGGACAUGUACAGCACCAUGAAGAAGAUGAUAUGCUGCUUCUCUCCGGAGAAGAACCCAGACAGGCGCCCUUCCCGCAUCCUCUCCACAGUCCUCAGCAGGAGCGAAACGGGCAGCCAGUACAUGGAAGAUAGUAUCAGCCAAAGCACCGUCGGCCAAAAGAGCAGUUCCUAAGCCAUGGAUGCCCUCUGCCCACCCCAGCCUCCACUGGGAAAACAGCUGUAGAGAAUGAUUACUUGUCUCUAAUAAAGCCCUCACACAGUGUUAUUUGAGGUCUAAAUUAAUCAUUGCUAGAUUAAAUAAAAAAGAAUUGUUUUACAUAGUUGAAAAGCAUGGGCCGUAAAGAGAGGACACAAUGCAUGUAGAGAAAAUGCACAGAAAGAGGGAAGAAAGCACAGUGGAUUCCUUCCUGCUUGCUGUCCUGUGAACGCUUGGAGCACCGCCCGCCUGGCCAUGCAUUCAGGGCUCUGCCGCCGUCUUGUAGCCAUUCUCUCUGUGUUUUAAAAGAUAUUGGUAAAGGGCUAAGGCCAAAAUAAAUAAUAAUGUUACUUGAAAUAAAUAAUAAUGUUACUUUGAGUAGCUGCUUGGAAAGCCUAUGUAGUUCUUUCUGCAUGCAAUGAAAAUUGUUUAAAAUGUUUCAGCAAUGAUAUUUUUUUUCCUCAAAGAAACCAUGGCCAGUAGUUCGGUGUUCAGUAGGAAUAUCAGAAUAACAAAUCAGUAAGGGCUCCAGAUAAAACUUGAUUUUUAACUGAAAGACCAUUUGAGGAAAAAUAUUUAAAGUAAGAACAAAAAAGGUAAAUGUUAAAAAUCUUCUCUUAAAGCAAAAAAAAAAAAAGAAAAAAGUCUAAUGUGGUCCUCUAAGCAUGCAUGUGUGUAUAAACGCGCCUGUAUAUUUUUAUACAUUUCAAAUUUGUGUUUAAAUACAUCAAGGAUAGUGACAGUGAAGUAAAUUCACUGGCCACCUAGACUUUCCAUUCUAGGAUUAUAGCUGUAGAAAUGACCUGUUGUGCUCUAAAAAAGAGAAAGAGGUGAUUCAUUUGAAAACAGACCUACAGCGGAGUAAAAGGUAUAGUGACAAGCAGCCUGAAUUCUUUCCAUAUAAGAUCAAAUACGACCUCGACUCGAGUCCUUAUUUUCAGUUACCUCCAUACCACUGGUGGCUUGUCAGAGUUAGUACGUGGAAUAAUUUUCACGUCUCAUAUUUUGCCCACAGUUAUUGACAUGCUUCUGGUACUUGUCUUACUUGUGGACUGAAUUUUGAUGUGGGUCCUAUUUAAAAUAUUUCUCCUUCAAAGACCUAAGUAGGCAACCUGAAAGGCAAGUCAGUAAGAAAAAAAAUGUUUCAUAUACAUAGGCGACUGACCAAAGUUUUCUAUGUAAAGCAUUUAGAGUAUAUUCUGAUUUUAAAGUAAGAAUAACUUCAAGGCAGAUAUUAUAGUAUUUAUGUAGUUUGCAAAAGAAGUUUACAUUUUGUUUUGCUAUUGUAAUAUAACAUUUAUGUGCAAGAACUACUUAUAAUAAGAGGAUUUGUAAAGUCAUGCUUUUAGAUAUAAUGGCCUAAAAUAGAGAGUAUUAUGAUUUGAAGGUGUAGAUUUC